AUGGGCACUGCCAGGGCGGUGGGCACCAGAGGUGACACCUCGGUCCUGCCUCUGCCACCUGCGCUGGCACCGAUGGCUUUGCUGGGACUGCUCGUCCUGCUGGCCCUGACCUGGCCCGUGGGGGCCACCUGGGACACGUGCAGAGGCACCUGCGGGCUCCGGCCCAUGGCCUUCGACCACAGAUCGCUGGUUCCCGAAAAUUCCCAGGACUCUGACUAUGGAUCCUGGGAUUCUUUCGAAGACACCUCGCAGGACAUGGGUGGCACUGGGGUCCACCCAGGGGCCUGGCCUGGUGUCAUCAGCAUCCAGGCCACCUUGGACAAUGGCACGUGGCACAUGUGCUCGGGGGCACUCAUCCACCCCCAGUGAGUGCUGACAGUGGCCAGCUGCUUGGUUAGGGCAGGUGCUGUCUUCCACUGGAAGGUGCUGAUCGGGCCCACGGAUCUGGCUAAGCCGGGCCACAAGGCCGAGGUGUUCCAGAUCAAGCAGAUCCUGGUGCACAAUGGCUACGUGGCCGCCACGGCCAGGAGCAACAUUGACCUCCUGAGGAUGGACCAGCCCGUGGAGUGCAGCGACUACAUCCAGCUGGGCUGUGUGCCCGACAGCUCCCUGGCAGUGCCCGAGCUGAAAACCUGCUACAUUGCGGGCUGGAGAGCCACCCCGGCCCGGAGCCCACGCCUGGUGCUGCAGGAGGCCAAGGUGCAGCUCAUGGACGUCCAGCUUUGCAACAGCAGCCGCUGGUACGGGGGGGCCGUGCACCCCCAGGACCUGUGCGCGGGGUACCCGCGGGGCGGCAUCGACACCUGCCAGGGGGACAUCGGGGGACCUCUGGUCUGCAAGGACAACGUUGGUGACUACUUCUGGCUGGUGGGACUGGCCAGCUGGGGCCGAGGCUGUGCCGGGGCCAAGCGACCCGGGGUGUUCACCUCCACCCAGCACUUCCACACCUGGAUCCAGGUGCAGAUGGGAUUGCUCCCACCAGGAACUGAUGUUCCUCCUGCAGAGCCCUUCCCACUGCCACCCCCGGAACCAGAGGAAGAGCCUGAGCCGGACUCAGAUUUGAGCGAUCUGGAGAAUCCCAACCCAGAACCAGAGGAUUCUACGGUGAUUUCAUUCCAACAACAAAUCCUGGGGAAAUUCCUGAAUCUGGUGCUGGAGCUCCUGCAGUUCCUGAAGGGAGUGCUGAUCGGGCCCACGGAUCUGGCUAAGCCGGGCCCCAAGGCCGAGGUGUUCCAGAUCAAGCAGAUCCUGGUGCACAAUGGCUACGUGGCCGCCACGGCCAGGAGCAACAUUGACCUCCUGAGGAUGGACCAGCCCGUGGAGUGCAGCGACUACAUCCAGCUGGGCUGUGUGCCCGACAGCUCCCUGGCAGUGCCCGAGCUGAAAACCUGCUACAUUGCGGGCUGGAGAGCCACCCCGGGCAGCGCCCGGAGCCCACGCCUGGUGCUGCAGGAGGCCAAGGUGCUGAUCGGGCCCACGGAUCUGGCUAAGCCGGGCCACAAGGCCGAGGUGUUCCAGAUCAAGCAGAUCCUGGUGCACAAUGGCUACGUGGCCGCCACGGCCAGGAGCAACAUUGACCUCCUGAGGAUGGACCAGCCCGUGGAGUGCAGCGACUACAUCCAGCUGGGCUGUGUGCCCGACAGCUCCCUGGCAGUGCCCGAGCUGAAAACCUGCUACAUUGCGGGCUGGAGAGCCACCCCGGGCAGCGCCCGGAGCCCACGCCUGGUGCUGCAGGAGGCCAAGGUGCAGCUCAUGGACGUCCAGCUUUGCAACAGCAGCCGCUGGUACGGGGGGGCCGUGCACCCCCAGGACCUGCGCGCGGGGUACCCGCGGGGCGGCAUCGACACCUGCCAGGGGGACAUCGGGGGACCUCUGGUCUGCAAGGACAACGUUGGUGACUACUUCUGGCUGGUGGGACUGGCCAGCUGGGGCCGAGGCUGUGCCGGGGCCAAGCGACCCGGGGUGUUCACCUCCACCCAGCACUUCCACACCUGGAUCCAGGUGCAGAUGGGAUUGCUCCCACCAGGAACUGAUGUUCCUCCUGCAGAGCCCUUCCCACUGCCACCCCCGGAACCAGAGGAAGAGCCUGAGCCGGACUCAGAUUUGAGCGAUCUGGAGAAUCCCAACCCAGAACCAGAGGAUUCUACGUUCAGUCUCCUGGGAAAAACAAAGAUGGGGCAAUUUGGGAAAAAUGAGUGA